AUGAAUGAUGCACAAAUAAAAGAUAUGAUGAAUGAUGAAGAAGAAAAAGAAGAAAUAGAAAUCAAGGAAAACAUAAAUGAUAAGAUAAAUGAAAUUGAUGAUGAUGAAGAUGGUGAUGAUGGUGAUGAUGAUGGUGAUGAUGAUGUUGAUGAUGAUGUUGAUAAUGAUGAUGAAGAUGAUGAUAAUGAAGAUAAUGAUGAUGAAGAUAAUGAUGAUAGUGAUAAUAAUGAUGAUGAUGAUAAUGAAGAUAAUGAUGAUAAAGAUAAUGAUGAUAGUGAUAAUAAUGAUGGUGACCACAAUGAUGUUAAAAAAUCCAAUAAGAAUAAAAAAAAGAAUAACGAGGAAAUGUUCGACAGAAGUAACCAUUUUGAUAAUUUUGAUAACAUUAUGUUAGAUGUGAGAUUAAGAAAAGCUUUAUUAUAUUUAUUCAAAUAUCAACAUCCUACUAUAAUACAAAAGAUGUCUAUAUGUAAAAUAUUAAAUGGUCAUGAUGUUAUAAUAAGCUCUAAAACUGGUUCGGGAAAAACAAUGGCAUAUUUAAUACCAGUUGUACAUAAUUUAAUAAAAUUUAAUUUGAACGAAAAAGAUCAUUUGAAAUUUUUUUAUAAAUGUAUUAUAAUAUGUCCUACAGAAGAAUUAUGUUUACAAAUAUAUGACGUUACAAAAAAGUUAUGUACCUAUUUAAAAGAUAUAAUAACUGUUAAUCAUAAUGUGAAUAAUACUUUUUAUGAACAUCCAACCAUAUUAAUUAGUACUCCAAAAGAUUUAUGUACACAUAUUAUAGAAAAAAAGAAAAAAAAUAAUCUAGAUAUUUUAAUGAAUUUAAAAAUAUUAAUUCUAGACGAAGCAGACGUUUUACAUACUCAAGAAUUUCAAUCAUAUUUGAAGACACUAACAAGUUAUUUACCAAAAAAAUUUAACAAAAAAUAUCAAAUUGUUAUGGCUUCAGCUACUUUAAAAAGUAAUAUUUUAGAGAAAACCAAAUUAUUUUUACAUAAUCCUAUAUACGUUAGCCAUGAACAAAAAAAUGAGUCAUCCUUUGAAAAAAAAAAAAAUAAAACUAAUAACACAAAUAGUGUUAUUAUGAAAAGGGAAGAAGCUGGAAAAAAUAAUAUUGAUGAUGAAGGAAAUGAAGGGAGAACAAAAUAUCAAAAGUUUACCGGAAAGGCAUUUUAUUAUGUAUAUAAAGAAGAAUUAAUUAAAUAUAUCUAUUUAUAUAAUUUAAUAAAAAUUAAAAUUAUACCUUAUAAAUCUAUUAUAUUUACUACAACCAUACAUGAUGCAUAUAAAAUUAAAAUUUUUUUAACUUACCUAAAUGUUUCUUCUUCUAUACUUAACCCGAACCAUCCCAUAUUAAUUCGACAGAAUAUAAUUUCGGCGUUUAACAAUUCGAAAUUUCAUUUUUUGAUUUGCCCUCAAUAUGAGAAGAAUAAUAUGAAGCAUGUGAAGGGUGUAGUAGGGUCAAAUAAAAUGGAUAAUGAUGAAGAUGAUGAAGAUGAUGGUGGUGAUAAUGAAGAUGAUGGUGAUGAUGAUGAUGGUGAUGAUAAUGAUGAUGGUGAUGAUGGUGAUGAUGGUGAUGAUGAUGAUGGUGAUGAUGGUGAUGUUGUUGAUGAUGGUGAUGAUGGUGAUGAUGGUGAUGUUGUUGAUGAUGGUGAUGUUGUUGAUGAUGGUGAUGUUAUUGAUGAUGAUGAUAAUGAUGAUGAUGAUGAUGAUGAUAAUGAUAAUGAUAAUGAUGAUAACAAUGAUGAUCAAACGCUGAACGAACCACUUAGCGAUAAUAAUUCCUGCAGGACAUAUAAUACAGAUGAUGAAAAUGAGAAAACAGAUGGUACAACAAAAUUGAAUGAAGAGAAAGAUUUCUUAUAUAGUAGAGGAUUAGAUUUUUAUGAUGUUAAAUGUGUUGUUAAUUUUGAUAUGCCAUCAGACUCAGAAACAUUUAUACAUAGAAUUGGAAGAACAUGUAGAUUAAAUAACAAAGGGAAAUGUAUAUCAUUUGUGAAUGAAUUAAAUUAUGGAGAGAAAGAAUUUUUACAAAAAUUAAUUGAAGAUAAAAAUAUUUGUACCAUGAUUAGAAAAAAUAUACAAUAUAAUAUUGUUGAAAAAUAUCGAUAUAGAGUUGAAUCCACAUUAAAUAAAUGUACAAAUAAAAAAAUUAAAUUGUUCAUACAAAAAGAAAUUUUAUAUCAAUCCUUAAAAUCAAAAGAAUUAAAAGACUUUUUCAAUACAAAUAUAAAUGAAAAACGAAAAAUUAAUAAAAUUAUCAAACAUUUUAAUAAAGCUGUCAUACCACAAAAAUUAAUCAAAGAUAGAAAUCAAAGUAUUUUCUUAAAUAAAUCAAAGGUUAAGAAUAAAAUCAUACAAAAAAAUAAUACUAAUAAUAAAAAUAAUAAUAAUAUAAAACCUUUUGCACUCAAAAAAAAUAACGGAUUAGUCAUUACGGAACAGGGUUAUGAAAGUCAGCUUACCAAAGAACCUGAACGAGAAGUUGCAGAUCCUUCCAAAUUACCGCCUCUAUGUGGUCAGAGGUUGAGGAAUUAUAUGUAUUUAAAGUAUAUUAAAGGAAAAAAAAAUAAAAACGGUAGCAAUAUGAAUAAUAGUUAUAACAGUAACAACAAGAAAAGGAAAAAUAACAAUAAAUAUAAUAAUAGAUAUAAUAAAUAUAAUAAAAAAGCAAUAAAUAAAAAUCAUAACAAGAAAAACACCAACUUUAAUAGGUGA